CAGCAUUGUAAUCAUUCAUAUCCUAUUCCUAUCCCUCUAGUCCUUCUCCCUACACUCCAUUCUCCCCACCAUCGCCGUAUUCUUUAGUGCAUGAUGAGCAACGAUUCCCAGCUCCCCAACCCCCCGCAUAUACAAGCCGACUCCAUGCUGGCCCGGCGGUUCGGAAAGGAGACUGUGAACUAUUUCUCCAGCUCCCCAUUGAACCGUCUGUCAUUCCUCCGCGGAGACCAUGCCUUCCUCUCCGCCGCACUCAAGCACCCCUCCACGCGCUUCGUCCUCAUGAAGGACCUCGCGCCACUGACCAAAUCCCCCGCGGAGCCCUACUACGCCAAAUACGACGAGAUCCGCAAAAUGGUCCCCGAGACCAUCUACGACAAGUCCGAAGAGGACAUCAUCAAGGAGUACGACUCACGCAAAACCACCGCAUCCCCAAUCUUCCUCGGUCUGGACGAGACCCAAAAACAGGACGGUCUCGUCUGGAAGAUCUACACCGGAACGCCCUACUUCGCAUUGGACGUGACCCCUCGCCACUCCGAAGAACAGCAAGCCAACUCCAGAGCCGUGAUCGCCGACAUGGAAGCCAAGGGUCUGACCUUCCUCCAGGGCAGAACCAUCAUGUCAUUCCCCGCCAGUGAAGCCGCCAUCUACGCGCAAGCCCGCGCCUUAAUAGACUGGAACACGCGCAACACCUUCUGCGGCACCUGCGGUCACCCCACGAUCUCCGUAAACAGCGGGACCAAACGCGCCUGUCCACCCAGCGACGCCGCCCUCGUCGAGCAAGGCAAACCCGCCACCCGACCCCCCUGCAACACUCGCACCACGAUAUCGAACCUCUCCUUCCCUCGCACCGAUCCCACCAUCAUCGUGGCCGUCGUCUCCGCUGACGCCAAACGCAUCCUGCUCGGCCGCUCGAAGCGCUUCCCUCCCAACUGGUACUCCACCCUAGCGGGCUUCAUCGAGCCCGCCGAGUCCGUCGAAGACGCUGUCCGCCGCGAAGUGUGGGAAGAAGCCGGUGUGACGUUGUCGCGCGUCGUGAUCCACUCGUCGCAGCCGUGGCCGUACCCGGCGAACUUGAUGAUCGGGGCUAUUGCGCAAGUGAGUGAUCCGGCGCAUGAGAAGAUCAACCUCGAGCAUGAUCCUGAGCUCGAGGAUGCGAGGUGGUUUGAGUUUGCCGAGGUCGAGGAGGCGCUGAGGACGGGAACGAGUGUUUUGGGGUCUGGGCCGGGGCCUGAGUAUAAGGAGGGGGCGUUGAGGUUGCCCCCGGCUACGGCUAUUGCGAAUCAGCUUAUUCGGGCGGCGAUUAAUUUGGAGUUUUUGGGUGGGGAGAAUGGGCCGAAGAUGUGA